CACAAAAAUUUUUGUCUUGUCAUUAUUUAAAAAAUGGCUGCAACAGCGGUGCAACAAUCAAAUGUUAAUGAUUAUUUAUCUAAAAAACAACAAGAAUGUCCUAAAGAAUUAAGUUCAGAAUGGGCUGAACUGGAAGAACUCCAUAAUAAAAAAUUAUGGCAUCAAAUUACCCUGAAAUUACUCACAUUUAUUAAAAAACCCGAAUUGCAAAAGAACGAUAAUCUAAUUCAACUUUAUACAAAUUUUAUUCAGAGUUUUGAAAACAAAAUCAACCCCCUUUCUCUGGUAGAAAUUGUUGCAGUAGUUGUUCAACAAUUUAAAGAACCUAAAGACGCAAUAGCUUUCCUUCAAAAGACUGAACCUAAAGUAAAAGUAAAUCCUGAUGCACAAAAUCUUUGUAAAGUAUUAGCGGGUCAAAUAUACAUUGAAAAAUUGAAUGACCUAGAUGCUACAAAAAAAAUAAUAGAAGAGGUUGAGGCUACUUUGGAUAAUGCGGACGGGGUAACCCCCGUACACGGAAGAUUUUUCUUACUAGCGUCUCAAUAUUACAGAAUCCAAGGAGAUCAUGCUCAAUAUUACCGCACAGCUUUAAGAUAUUUAGGUUGUAUAGAUCUGGAAACCUUAACAACUGAAGCAAAAGUGCAGCAUGCGUUCUUUUUGGGAUUGGCUGCUUUAUUGGGCGAAGGCGUUUAUAAUUUAGGCGAAUUACUCGCCCAUCCGGUUUUAGAAUCACUCAAAUCAACUGAAAAUGCUUGGUUAGUGGAACUUUUGUAUGCAUUCAAUUCUGGUAAUAUAAACAAAUUUGAAGCCAUGAAACCACAAUGGGGAGCUAUAGCUGAUUUAGCCGCAGAAGAAUUAUUUUUGAGGCAGAAAAUAUCUUUGUUGUGUCUCAUGGAGAUGACAUUCAAUAGACCGUCCCAUAAUCGGCAGUUGACAUUUGAUGAAAUUUCCAAGGAAACUAAAUUACCACUCAACGAAAUCGAACUUCUCGUUAUGAAAGCUCUGUCCCAAGGACUUGUCAAAGGAGCCAUCGAUCAGGUUGCUAAUACCGUAAAUAUGACCUGGGUUCAACCCAGAGUUUUAGAUCGCACCCAAAUAUCCAGCAUGGUAACAAGAUUGAAUGAAUGGGGCCAACACGUUUAUACCAUGGAACAGAUCUUAGAAGAUCAAGCGAGUGAAAUAUUAACGUUGUAAUAGGUACUAAUGAGUUAUACAGAGUGUCCUUGGUAUUUUUUUUUUUUUUAUCAAAAAUGUACUAAUAAAAGAUUAAUAUUUU